CGCAAGGUCUACUUCGGGGGUCGAUCAAUUCGGUUGCCGAUCUCCUACUCGACUUUUACAGUAGGAAGAGGUACCAACGCCAGCACAGCGCCCUUCCCUCGCUUUCGGCCCGCCGGGCCUGCUGGGAGGCGCCCGUCGCCACCAGUGGACUCUCUUCGGAAUUCUGUUCGAGCUUCUGGAUGAUCUUCGAAACUCUGCUCGACAUUCUGGUCCCCCAGAGGCUUGCGAAGCAGCUGUAUCCAUUUGUUGUUCACGACAGAUGUUGCAAUCCUGGCGUUGUCACUCGAUUUCGGCCUUUGAGGCCCUCUGUCGGUCCCCAGGGCCAUCAGAAGUGGCUGCAGGGCGAAAGGCUGGACCGGGGGAAGUGGGUCGGGACGUCCUGGGGACGGCGCGCCGACAAGAUCGCGUCGUCGGGUGUUUGGGAUCGGCGCCGUGAGUGAUGGGCUCCGUGAGGACACGGCCCCAAGCUGAGUUUUUUGUUUUGUUUUGUCUGAGGCCGUUCGCAGUUGAGGCCCCAAGCCCUCGGGCCCCACGCCUGCGCCGCCGAGGCAUGCGGCUGCUGCAUUGCCUGGGGAACUCCCGGCGCGGGCACAUGAUGAGCCAUCCCCCGGGGCCGGGCGCGAGCGACGCAGAAGAGGGCGAGGAGGAGGAGGUGGCGUCCCAGGAGGACGAGGCCGGCGGUGGCGAGGGCGAGGACGGCGAGGAGGCGUCGGGGGGCGGCGACGAGGGCGUGCUCCUCAGCCCCUUCGCGGCCGCGGCGGUCUCCGCACUGUGCGCGGCGGCCCCCGGCACGCCCUUGGCCUCGCGGCCCGCGCGCGGCACGCCCGCCGGCGGGCUGCAGGUGGAGGCGCUGCUGCAGCAGGUCGGGGCGCCGCGGCGCCUCUGGCCGGGCGUGUGCGCGGAGUUGACGCAGGUGGCGGCCCACGGCCUCCUCGCGGUGGUGGGCGGCGGCGCGGGCGCGGCGGCUGCGCGCGGCGCGAACGCGGCG